UAUGGCUGGACUGUUCCUCGCUCUGCUAGCCCUGCUCUCUUCAUGUCUUGGGGCACCUUUUGACCCCAAUGCAAUAAACCAGAAUUUUGGCAGCGGAGGGUUCGGAAUGAACAUGGCAUCAACACAUUCUGCAUUUGACCCCAAUGCCCUCAAUCAUGGUUUUGGUGGAAAUGGGUUUGGUGGCGGUUUCAGUACGCCAGCUUCCGGUAUGGGUACAUUUGACCCCAACGGAUUUCAGACUCCAACAUUUGACCCCAACGCACUUAAUGGUUUUGGUUCUGGAUCUGGAAAUUUUGAUCCUAAUGCAUUCGGAAAGAAAUAAAUCAUAUGG